AUGUCGUACGCAAUCGUCUUUUCGCUUCUCCCAAAAACAUUCAAGGACUCGUCGGCUUUCUUGGGUUCAAGCACGAUCGAAAGUUGGCGUUGCGCACAUUUUUGCCUAACCCUGUUCAUGGUGUGUUUGCGGGGUGUGAAACUUUAUCAUGUCUUUUUCGAGUAUAUUCUUAGUCUUGUCCUUAUGAUGUAUCAUGGCGGAGUGCUUCUCAUAUCAGGGUAUCAAGCGGACAAUGCGAGGAUCCUGAAAUAG